ACACAACGGAGGAAUUGACAACAUGGCGAUUGCUUGAUGUCGGAGUGGCAGUGAUAGUGUUCAAUUUGUGUAAUUAAUUAACCGCAUUAAUACUCAUUGGCAGAAUUUAAAAAAAAUCUUUGAACACUUCGAAAAUCAUCAUGAUGGAAUGUGAUAUUUAUGAUACACUGAAAAUGAUUGAUCAGAGUCAGGACAGUUUCCUAGAUACAAUAAAACCGCUGCUGGUGGAAGGCCGUGAAGCCGAACUGUGUGAAUGGAUGAAAGAGAUUGGGCUAUUGGUGGGUUCCAUGAAAUGUCCCACACCAACCUGCAAUGGCUUGGAAAUGCAGUGGAAGAAAGCUCGAAUCAUCGACAAGUUCAACUGGCUCUGCACCGAGUGUAAGAAGAAAGUGCCCAUAAAAACGGGCUCUUUCAUGGAGGAGUUCCAGUGCAGCGUGAAGGCCUCAGUUGAGACCAUGCUCGCCUGGUGUAAUAAUGUGAAUCCAGAGGACGUGGUUAUCGACGGCAAAACCAUGAAGACAUCACUAGUGAGGAGGAUCUACGGUCAGUGCACCAGCAUCGCCGACUGGUACAUCCAGAAUCACCCGGAACUGUCACAGCUCGGUGGAGAGAAUGCUGUGGUCCUCGUUGAUAUCUUCCCUGAUGGCUCGAUGACCACAGCACCGCACAACAACAACUACAGCAAGACUAUCCUUUGUGUCGCCGACACUGCUCAUAUGCCUGCCAGAGUCUGGGCUCAAGUUGUUGAUAAUGAUUUGCACAAAGACUACUCUCGCCUGUUGGCUGUUGUGUUGUCGCACGUGAGGCCCAUGUCUACGCUGGUCGUGACGCCCAGACUGUUCCCCGACAUGCUGCAGUACGCCAAGGGCAUGGCUGAGGUCAUAAGCGUGGAGGCGCUCAUGUCUCUUGAUCCUGACGACUACCAGCGCUCACUCAAGAACUUGGAGACCAUAUGGGCAACGACAGUGAGUGCAUGUCAGGAAGUGCAGCAGAUGAGUUCGAGUGAGACGAUACAGCUGUUACGCGAACUGCAGUGGCGGCAAGUGUUCACCUCACACACCAAGUACCUGUUCCAACACAUCGUCGAGCAUCAGCACGCCAAGGGACCCGUAGUGCCUUCACCUGCGCAGUCCGGCUCGCCAUGAGCUUCCUCCACCGCGCUGCCUCCCGGGAGUAGAUUGCCCUCACUCCUCACCUAUUUCUAAAUGUGUCCCAUCCCACCCACCACUCAAAGGAAAAUUGUAGAGAAAGAAGGAAUGCACAUUAUAUGCUUUUUUUCUGUUAAUAUCUGGUGGGAAAGUAUUAACCCUAAGCACUCAAAGGCAGUAUUUAUAAUUUUUCCUUGGCCCUCGAAUGGCCAGCACUACUGGCCACCGCCAUUUUUUUGGAAGUGCGGAUUAA